CGUUCAGGAAAAUUCUUAACCUUUUUUCUGUGUCAACAAUAAUACGCUAUGCGAUGCUAUAUGCUAAUUCAGUAUCACCCGCCACCAAACCUCUCUUUACUCCUUUCUCGCUUCGCUAAAACCCUUCCAAAACCCCUCUCUCACACAAAUUCGUUGACACUGCUUCUGAAUUAGCCUCUCUCUCUUGAUUGAUUGAUCUUUGAUCAUGUCCAAAUCGUUGGAGCUGAUCAAGGAGCAUGCUUCCAACCCCAAGCUCUGGUUGGUCGUCGGAGUGGGAGUUGCCGGGAUCGUUGUUCUGGCAGAGACACGCCGGAGAAGACGGCGCCGGAACACACACAAACAAGACUUCGGUGCUUUUGUUGAGCGUUUCGAGCUUCUACCAUUUCCUCAGCCUCCACCUCCUGCUGCCAAACAGAUGCUUUCUUCUCUAACUUUUGCCAUCAGCGACAUGUUUGAUGUGAAGGGCUAUGUGACGGGGUUUGGGAAUCCUGACUGGAAGAGGACGCAUGAGGAGGCAGAAAAGACUGCGGUUGUGGUUACUGCACUGCUAAAAAAUGGUGCUACUUGUGUUGGCAAAACCGUUAUGGAUGAAUUGUCUAUUGGGAUUUCUGGUGAGAACAACCAUUAUGGAACUCCGACGAAUCCUCAAAUGCCAUCUUGUAUCCCAGGAGGGUCUUCUAGUGGUUCAGCGGUAGCAGUUGCUACUGAGCUUGUUGACUUUGCCAUUGGUAAGCUUUUUUAUUCUUUAUUUAUAUCCAUUGUGCUCUCUAUCGUCCCUCAGGAUGAUGGAAUACUCGUUAUUCCUUCUGUAGCAGACAGUCCAUUAAAGCUUAAUACAAAGAAAGGGUUGUCUUCUGAGUUUCAUGACAGAACUUUUGCAUUGUCGAGCAUUGCUAGCAUGUCUGGAUGUUGUCAGGUUACAGUUCCAUUAGGUUCUCAUAAUGGUGGUUGUGUUUCUGUUUCAUUCAUCUCAUUCCAUGGGGCUGAUAAAUUUCUGCUUGAUACGAUCUUGGAUAUGUAUUCAACUCUUCAAAAGCAAGUUAGUGUUGCCUCCUAUUCUUUGCCAUUACCAGAUACCAAUGGCAACAUUGAAACUUCUGAGCUUCUAAAGGAGAAGGGAAAUGCAGCCUUUAAAGGAAGCCAGUGGAAUAAGGCACUCAAUUACUACACUGAGGCUAUCAAACUGAAUGGCAUGAAUGCGACUUACUACUGUAACCGAGCGGCUGCUUACUUAAAGUUAGCAUGUUUUCAGCAAGCAGAAGAAGACUGCAAUAAUGCAAUUUUGAUUGAUAAGAAGAAUGUGAAGGCGUAUCUAAGACGUGGAGCUGCUAGAGAAUCACUACUACGCUAUAAGGAGGCCCUUGAAGAUUUCAAGCAUGCGCAAGUUCUUGAACCACAGAACAAGGAUGCUAGUAAGGGUGAGAGAAGAGUCAGAAAAUCGAUGGCUUGAUCAUUGGUGUUGUUUCUACCUAGAUGAUCGAGAGAAUUUCAGAAUUUGUAUAAAUUGUGAUUGAUUGUCUCCUUUUUCUAGGAGGAGUUAAAGAAAGAUGAGCCUCUGUUGAUGAUGAUGAGGUGCUGCAUUUUUGGUUUCUACAUGUUUGUGUAUAUCUUUGUUAGAACUCUUAUUUGGUGAAUGCCAAUAAUGCCAGAUUAGUGUGUGUACAAGUUUGCCUUAUGGCGGGUACAGAGCACUUUGUUCUUAUUGUAUCACAUGUCCUGUCCUAAUCUCUCACCAAACAUUUUUUUCUCGA